AACUAAUAUAGAAGGGAUAAUCGUCAGGGAAAAAUCAGUUAUGUGGUUGUCACCCUCAAAUCAACUUGUCACAACUCGUAGUGGUUACCAAUCAUUGCUACUUGCAGCAUAGCAUUCGUCAGCACAAUAACCGAGUUACGUAGCUAUUAUUAGUCUCUGAUAAGUUAGUAUUGCAGAAAGAUGGUUUGGUCACGUCCUAAUGGUCCUCCCAAAGUGUGGAAUACUGUGGAAAUAGUUAAAUCUGAUGGAGAAACAAUUCAAUUCACUAUUGAAGAAAUUCCUGUAGAUAGAUACGAUGAAGUUGUCGAACACAUGUGUUCCAUUUUCAUUCAAGAUGAAGCUAUGUGUUCGAGUAUGAAUGUUAUAGACGAUCCAACGUCACUUGAGCUACUUCGUGCUUUUUGGAAAAAAAUUGUAGCUGAAGGUAUUACAAUUGCUGCAUUUGUUAAAUCAGAAAAUGAAAAACCUAUUAUUGCUGGCAUUAAUGUGCUAUCAGUUAGCGAUAAGGAUAGUGAUAAGGAAAUAAAACCAAUUCUCAGUUCAAUGUCCAAGGCUGAAAAAAUAAUAACUUUUGCCAUUAAUAGCAGUACAGAAGCUAAUCCUUGUGAAAGAUAUGGAGUUGAUGCAUAUUUGGGUGCUGUUGGAUUGAGUGUAGAUCCUCGUUACCGCCGCUUAGGCUUAGGGCAACGACUGUUAGAAGCAAGACAUAAAAUAGGUGAGGCUUAUGGUAUUGCUGUUACUUCAACUUUAUUUACUUCAUCAGCGUCACAGGCAACCGCAGCUAAGGCUGGAUAUAAAGUUCAUAUGGAAAGACUUUACGAUGAAAUUAUAGAUGAAAAAGGUGAUGUUGUUUUUCCUAAUCUCAAAGGCAAAAUAUACAAAAUGAUGGAAAAGAAACUAUUUUAAUAUAUCUAGAAGAAUUUCAUAUAUAAAAAUUGUCAUUGAAUAAUGUGCUUCAAAUUUCCGUCAUAAAAAUUAAUGUUGAUAUUUUAUUCUAGUUAUAAUUUCAAUGAAUAUUAAAUGUAUGUAGAACAUUCUAAUAAAGUAAGAGUGAAACUCAUUUUUUUCUCUU